AUGUCUCUGAAAAUUACUCUCUGGGGAAAUCAAGCAUCAAGCUUUUCUAUCAGUGAUGUUUACAAUCAAAGCAACAACCAGCCUAUUGUCAUACUGCUCGUUAGAUUUCUUGCUAAACGAUUCAAAGGUCAACCAUACCUAAGCAGUACUACAGCAAGUUCAUGGUACUUCAAUCCUGGAAUUCCUGAGGCACAGACCUACUACAACAGGUUGCAAAACAAUGACCUCCAGCUAAUACAACCCACAGCAGCCGAAGAAGAAAUUCUGCUUUCUCAACCACCAAAUUUGGAACAAAAGACUGUUGAAGAGCUGCUCAACAUAGAUCCAGACAUGUUUCCCCCAGAAGGCUACAGAUGCACUGUUACUAUCUCACGCAUUGUGCAAAAUAGCAAUGGUGGU